UGUAGACAUCAAAAAGCCCCAUAAGGUAGAAUGUUCAUUUUUGAGUGAACUGUCCCUUUAGCUAAUAUUAACUAAUGCUACCUUAUUGCGAGACGCGACCAAUAUUUCAUAAUAUCAUGCUGCAUAUCUCAAACCCUCUCACAGAUAUACUGUUGCUCAUUGUGCAACAGUAAAAUAUGUCUCUGACAGGCUGCUAUUGUUUUGAGAAAGGUGUGUAUGCAAAGGUGCAUUCUGCUGACCUCUCCCUGUGCGUGUGUGUUUUUAACCUGUUUGUUCAGUGUGUAAAGGCUAAAAGUGAAGCGACUCACCAUGGAGGUGCCGUGGAACUUCAGGUUCGGGAUCGUGAUUUUAGGAGACUCUUUUGUGGGGAAAUCCUCUCUUCUUCAUCGCUUCACUGAAGGCACGUUCGAGGAGGCCCGUCAGUCUCCUCUGGGAAUCGAUUUUAAGGUGCAUAACAUGAAGAUUGAGCCUAAUGUGCUGAUUAAACUGCUUCUGUGGGACACGGCAGGACAGGAGAGAUUCAGGUCAAUCUGUAAAUCCUACAUGAGGAACUCUGUUGGCUGUAUCCUGAUGUUUGACGUGUCUCAGCGGAAGUCCUUUGAGCACGUUUCCCUCUGGCAUCAGGAAGUGCUGGAUUACGUGAAGCCAAACCCGAUGAUAUUCCUGCUGGUGGCUCAUAAAAGUGACCUGGCCGUGUGCAGAGAGGUCAGAAAGAGUGAAGGAGAAGCUCUGGCUGAGAAACUCAACAUGCUGGCCUAUCUGGAGGUAUCCACAAAAGACUACAUUAACGUCAGCGAGGCGUUCGAGACUCUGACCACGGGAAUAUAUCAGCAGUUCCAGAAAGGCGAAAUCUCCGUUCGUGAUGACUGGCACGGUUUAACGGUUGGGACUUCCGUUAAAAACGAGAAAACCGUGACAAAAAAGUCUGCCUGCUGCAACUGCGGAUGAAUCUAAAACACUGGACACUCCUGGAGAGAGUAUUGUAGUCUAAACAAUGAUGUUUACCACAGUGUUUUACACAGUAUGUAAACUCAAACAGCACUGAACGCCAUGUAACUUUAGGUAAAGGGGAUCAAAUAUUGGAGAUAAUCAUUAGUUUAUGAAUGAACAAUCUAUAAAAGAUUGACUUUUUUUUAACAGUGUGGUAAAUCAUGCUAGAAGCAUGGUAAAAGUAUGGUAAAUCAUGUUAGAAGUUGUUAGAAGUGUGGUAAAUCAUGCUAGAACCAUGGCAGUGUGGUAAAUCAUGUUAGAAACAUACUAACAAUGUGAUAUAUCAUGCUAGAAACAGGCUAGCAGUUUGGUAAUCAUGCUAGACACAUUCUAACAGUGUGGUAAAUUUUGCUCAAAACAUGCUAACAGUAUGGUAAAUCUUGUUAGAAGUCUGUUAAAUCAUGCUAGAACCAUGGUAGUGUGGUAAAUCAGGGUAAAACCAUACUAAUCCUGCUGAAAAAUCCAGCUUAAACGAACCUAGGCUGGUUGGCUGGUUUUAGCUGGU